CCCCUGCUAGGUUUUCAGUCUCUCGCCUCCACCAGCGCCUCCACGCCGCCGAGGAACGGAGCAGGAAGUGACGCCGCAGGAGGACGCUCUGCUCGUCGUCCGCCGCAUCUCGCGCCCGCCCAACCCGAACGCCCCGAAAGGCCACCAAAGCCGUAGCCUUCUUCUUCCUAGAGCUCCCGAAGCAUGUCGGCAUCCACCAGCGGCGGCGGGGGGCUCUCGCCGCAGGCGGCCGCGGCGCUCCAGGAGGGCGUCGGGCUGGUGUUCACGCGGUGGACGGCGCUGCAGAUGGCGGUGGAGAACGGGUGGGGCGGCCGCGACUCCCGCGCCAAGGCCGACCGGCUCGCCGCCGACGUCCUCGCCUUCUUCACCACCUCCAAAGGUCCAUAUUAUUAUGAUGACUUGGAGGAGAUGAUGUUUGACAGCAUAUCCGAAUCCUUCAAUGCUGACUUUGAGGAUGGAAGUGUUGGGGAGGUUGCUGAACAAGUAUUGAUUAUGCAUGAAGAAUGCCUGCAAAACAACUAUUCGUCGAUUGAGAAGCUAAGGAACACACGUGCUCAAGGAAAUGCUGUUUCCCAAAGUAGAAUGAUGGUAACUGAUGAAGGCGAUGAUAGCUCGGAUGAUAGCUCGGACGAUGACGACGGCGAUGAACCAGCCAGCGCAGAUGAUAUGUCGGUGGAUGAGCCAAAGCCUCCCAAGCCUGCCCCUGACGCUGAUGGGUGGACUGUUGUGCCACCGAAGCGCGGCGGCCGGGGCAAGAAUUAAGCACAGAAGCAAACCCUGGCAACAAACUGCCAUCUGAGAGGCCGUUUUGGUCUGAAGGCUUUGAGGUGUGAUUAGCAAAACCUUGGCAACCACUUCCUGCCACUUGUGCCAUUUUGGUCUUGGAGGUUUUGAAGUGUUGCGCUUCACCUGUAUUACUUCGAUUUUGUCAGGAAUGUUGGUUGUGUAGCAUGUUUUCCUUGGUUACUCUCUUGGUGUUCAGACUUGGCGGCGAAAGAUCUGGAUUGUAAGCGGGUCUGAAAUAUCCUUAUGCACAUUUUGAACUGAUGCUUAUCUGUAUCGUCGUAUAAUGCCCGUUUGAAUUCAGCUACCAUUUCAUGUUUCUUUUGCUCAAA